AUGAAUUGGAAGUUAUGAAGGCCGGUCCUCCAAGCGGCGUUCCCUGCCAUAAGCUUGACCUAGCCCUGAUUAGGCUUAGGCGCCAAAAGCUCACGGCCCAGAACCGGGCCCAAAUCCAGAUGUUACUUCCUGAUUCGGUGAACUUCCGCCUCCAAUCGGGGCUCCACCCAAUGCGCCACUUCCCAGGGAUGGUCGUGGUCCAUUUUGAUUCCCUUAAGGCUGGCCUUAGGUUCCCCCUUCACCCCUUCUUCGUUUCCCUCUUAAAUUAUUACAAUAUAGUGCCAGCCCAAAUAAUGCCGAACUCCUACCGGGCAAUGGCUGGUUUUAUUUGUUGUUGCGUGGAAGCUAAGGUGACCCCUUCCUUAGAUCUGUUUCAUUACUUUUUCUCGGUCAUCCCACAACAAGCCCAGGGCUAUCUUGUCGCGAAUUCCCGAUCAGGUCAUAUUUUGUUCUCCAAGGCUCCCUCCUCCAUCAAGGAAUGGAAAGAUCGGUUCUUUUUUGUAUCUGUCCCAAACGGCCUAAUCCCAAGAAAGUGGAAUGCCUUUCCGCCAAAGUCCCCCGAACCGUUCAUCUCUGAAGACCUUAGCCAGGAUAUCAUUGCUGUGGAGGCGGGUGGUUGCUUCCAGAUUAUGCCAUAUCUGACUCCCGAACGGCUUAUUAAAGCCGGGAUAGGUACUGCCCGUAUUCCUGGGUUUCUUGACUGAAAACCAAGUACCAUGGUCCGGGCGGUCCUUCCCGUGUGAGAAACAAUUUUGUUUAUCCAUGUGCGAACCGCUCGGUACUAAUUUUGCACUUUGUUUGUUUUGCCAGCUCCUCAGCAAGGCGAAUCAGAGUCCGAAGGAGAUAACCCCGAACAACCGGCCAUGGAUGAUAGCAGGCUAUUCACUGUGGGAUUUGAUGAUGAGCCACCAACUUCUCCUCCCAAGCAGCAGAGGAAGACAAAGAGGAAAAGGUUGAGGAAGGCCGAUCAGGGGACAUCCUCUCAAUCCGCCCCCGUCCCCGAGCAGUCUGAACCUGUUCGGGAUGUAGAACCUGUGCAGCAGGUUGCUCCUGACCAGCAAACUCAUGCUGACACGCUGAUGGAUCAGCUUUUUUCUGACCAGCAGUCCCACCAUUUUUCUGCUGAGGAGGUGGCUGCCCAUCAGGCUGACUUGGCUAGUCAGUUCGAGCGGAUCUCCCUCUACGAUCCUGCUCAUGAGAUGUUGGAGCGGGGUGGCUGUCCGGCGAGCCAGAUCUGGUCCACGUCAGGAUUUCUCAAUGGCCACAAUCUUCCCCCGAUACCGGUGGAGGAGGCCGAGGAGUGUAUUGCUCUGACUGUCCUGAAGGUAGUUCAUUAUCUUAUGCUCAUAAUUCACUCUUUCCUUUUCUUUGCUUGAUAACUUAUCAUGUGCUUAUAUUUUACUUUUGAUCGGUGUUUUUUUUAGUGAGUAAAACGUAGUUGGCCAAUCCGAAGAAUAACCAGACCACGAGUAUCGUCUCUCAAGGAGUGGCAAAAAGGAAGUUUUAAAUACAGUCCGUGAUCACAGGCUAGCACAAGUCAUGGUAAUCUUUCCGAAUAAAUAUUUUUUUUGGAUGGUUUAAAAAAAUUAACGAACAGCAAGUGCAAAAAUAAAUAGAUAAAAAAAUAAGUAAAUUGAUUCAGAAUAUUAAAACAGGGUUCAAAUUGGAUGGUUCGGGUUCUGGGUGUUCUUUCGGGAUUAGAAUUAAGUAAAUUGAUUUUUAAUUAUUCCUGGACAAAAAAAAAAUGAAAUCCCUUCUCAUAGACAAGAAUAAAAUCAUUUUAUCACAAUCCUAACUUAUUUCUAAGAUCAGAUUGCUUGUAUAAGAUCCGAGCUAAUUUAACUCAAUUUCUCGUAGACAAGAGUUGAAUUAAAUCCAGAAAUCCGUAUAUGAGGUGAUCAAAUUCAUAUAGGCAAUUAUGUUUAAUCUUAUACAAUUUUCCAGAAGAUUAAUUAAAUUUCAAAAAAACUAAAUCCACACCUCAAGAACCCAUGAACCCUAGCCCCAAUUCAAACCCUAUAGGAGAUUAGCUACUCAUACCAAAAAUUAACAUCACAAUAAUGUAAUUAAGCAUGAUAAGGCACUAGCAAAAAAUAUUGGCGUAUGUCAAUUUAAUGGAAAGAAACUGAAAUUAUAAGUUGGAGAUAAACAAAUUCAAAAUCCAAUCCAAAAUGCAUGAAACAGUAAUAUCAACAAUGCGAACACUUACAAUCCUUGUUCAAAAGCUAAAUUGAAUUGGAAGAAAUUAGAGAAAAGUGAAGCUGGUGCAUUUCCUGAGUCCGUUCUUGCUGCUGCGGCUAUUCUACGGAGUAAAGAAGAAAACCUGCUGCUAUCUUUUAUUGCUGCUGAACUAAGUGAAUACAAGGGAAAUAAACACUGCUAAACUAAUUGACAGAAACGAAUGAUUCCUUAGCGGCUGCUCUUGCUUCGAAUGAAAAUGAACUGCGGUGCUUAGUGAAAAAGAAUGAAGUGAUGGUGUGUUGCAGCUGUUCGUUCGUGGGAAGAAAAAAAACCCCAGCUCCUUUUUCUUUUUUUUCUUUUUGGGCUGCUAACAUUGCUUCUUCUUUUGUCAUUUUUGGAUUGCACUUAACUUCAAAAACAGUCCUUAAAUGAUCUGGUCCAAACAUAUUCACCGCAAACUCGGCCUGUACAAUAACAACUCACCACACCCGCUAAUAAUAUGUAACUUUACAAUCAAAUUACUCCAAAAAUGUCAAAUUGUGUAGAAAAAAUACUAUUUCCAAUAUGACUGCCACCGGGACCGAAAAAUAGCAAAUUUUCACUCAAACCCCCCAAUAGUCACUCAGUUAAUUAUAAAAAUAAAAAAAUUAACACCCAAAUAUGGGUGAAAAGAUAGGAACGGAACGAGCCUAUCAAAUCUCCCCACACUUGAGCGUUGCUUGCCCCCAAGCAACAAUGCAUUAAACCCACGGAAAACAAAAUAAUCACAUGUAACACCUGGUUCAAAAAUCAUUCACACCCAAAACAAAUGACUGCACAAGGUCUUUUCUUUCUUAACAACGAAACCAAGAUUCACAUGUUGAACAAUAUUUUCAAAAGUAAAAUCCCUCUCCAACCGACUAAAAUGUAAAGAAAAGCAUGAUGGUCCCAACGGUGCAGGUGUGUGAAAUCCAAACCACCAAUCAUUCCAAAAAACCCAAGAAUUGUGUGAUAAAACUCGGAAUACUCGUGAUUCUUUUUUUUUUUUUUUUUUUUUUUUUUGAAUAUGUAAAGUUGACCAGGUUCUGGAUUGCAGGACUGAUUCAAGCUCUAGGGCCUGGGAGUUUAUCUCAUUACUGUGUACUCAACUCUCACACAAGGUGAUUCGUGAGAUGAGCAGAGCCCCAUUUCGGGGAUGAAAUUCUCGACACACGAAGUGUAACCCCAUUACAAGAAUCAGUUGCCUACUUAGCAUGAAGUUAUCCCGAUAUGCUUAGAAAGCAGAGCUCCUUACGGAGUAAGGAUUUUCAACACCUGGCCAGUCAAGGAAUUAUUAAUGCGAACUAGUGAAUCACGAGUAAAAACCGAAUUUAAUCAACACAAAUCAAACCAUCCAACAUGCCAACAUUUCCCAAGAAUAUACACACCACUCCGAUGAUUACACCAUUACUAAUUCUUUCCAAGAAAGAUGGAGGAGAUGGAAGAUUACAAAAGAAAAUAAAGAUUAACAAGUUACCUCUGUUGCGUUGCUAAACCAGAAAAAUCCUCAUGCACUCCAAAAUGUUUUUGGGCAGAAUAACUUCAUCACCAAAUGUCAUGUCCAAGCUAAAACCAAACCUCCCCACACUUAGGGGUGACAUCGCCCUCGAGGUCGAAGAAAAGAUUAAAACAGAAAUAAUAGGGGCAAGUUAUGAAUAAAAUGAUUUUCAUCCCGGCAGCACAUCAUAGUCAGAAUAAUAACAAUCAACACAAAUCAACACAAGGAGUAAUAUGAGAGUAAACACACAUUCUUAGCAAUGUAGUAAGAGUUGGCAGAUUACCGUACAAGCCAAACGUUGAUGAAUACCCUCCAAAAUAACUUCAAAUCUCUGCAUCAAAUAGCUCCUCGAUUGCUUACAUGCCGCUGAAUCCUACACACAGUCUGCCCCGUAAUGCUACUUGAAGUCCUUCAAUCUUGAGAGUAAGUGUAGUAACAGCUGCCAUGUCCAGGAACUGCGCAUUCUGAUGACUUGAUGAAUACUGAGGCUGACUGGUUCAUUCAUGGGAGAAGAGAACGGGUCAAGGUAAUGACCCACGACCUAACUUGAUGUGUGAACUGCUGCCCGGUGGAUUAGCUCGCGUUCUGGCUACUACCAUGGAGGUUUACUCCUCAUGAUGAAGUGGAGUCCCUAAUGUUAAGUCAGCCUGGUCCAGUGUCUGCUCAAGCUAAAAGAAGCAUGAAACUAUGCCUCCUACGUAGCAUUAAUUCCCAGAAUAUACCCUGCUCAAAGCUUGCUUUUCUUGGAAACAGAAGUUGCUGUGAAGUCGUCUGCACCUACACCCAGUUAAAGAACCAAAGUGUCAACAUGAAUCUACCAGCAAAGUCUUGUACCAGCAAAGGGGAUUAUACUGUCAAUCAGCUGAUUUAGUCCUCAUAUUCAGCAUAUGGUGCCAUCCGAAAACUGCAUCAAUUAGUUAAUAUCUGCCAGCGACCCCAUUUCCUGAGCAAGUGUAAGUCUAGCAUUCGAAUCCAGCUCAUAUAUCGCUCCCGGGGCUGCUAUGAAGUGAACUGCAGUUAGUAGCCAUGAGGAGCCCCUCUACACAUGUCUGCGCUUCUUCUAAUCCACAAUCAGUCCAUGAUGUCCCUUCCAUAUCUGCAACUCAAGAAAAGAAAUGUACCCGCACAACCACACGAUGACAACAUAAAAACAAAUGCAUAAAAAAUUAAUUCCUAAUUCUAUUUUUUUUUUUUUUUUUUUUUUGGUGGGUUGCCUCCCAGAAGCGCUUCUUUAACGUCACUAGCUUGACGACAGAUCAUGCUUAGCCGCUAAUCUCCUUAAGAUAAAGAACCUCCCUUUCAGUGCUCACUUUCUCACCAUAAUAGAGCUUCACUUGAUGACCAUUAACCUUAAAGUUUCCCCUUUCAGGAUCAUGCAACUCAAUGGAGCCAUACGGAUAGAUCUCAGUCACUGUAAAUGGCCCUGACCAUCUGGAACGCAGUUUCCCAGGGAACAACUUCAACCUAGAAUUAUACAACAGCACCUGAUCUCCAACUUUAAACUCGCGGGACUGCUUGAUGUGCCUAUCAUGAUAUUGCUUCACUCGCUCCUUAUACAAAUGGUUGUUGUGGAAGGCCAUAGCACGCCACUCUUCAAGCUCAUUCAGCUGAUAAAAUCUCUCCUUUCCAGCUCCUUCAAGGUCAAAUACAACAUUCUUCAGAGCCCAAAAUGCCUUAUGCUCGACCUCCACUGGAAGAUGGCAUGAUUUUCCAUAAACCAACCUGAAUGGUGUGGCGCCAACAGGAGUCUUAUAUGCUGUUCGAAUAGCCCACAAAGCAUCAUCAAGCUUUUCUGCCCAGUCCUUUCUUGACCGACCAACUGUCUUUUCCAAUACUGCCUUGAUUUCUCUAUUUGAAUUUUCAACCUGGCCUUGAGACUGGGGAUGGUAGGCCACUCCGCUUCUAUGCUGAACACCAUAUCGCUGAAGGAUACGGGCCAUAGGGUCACUUCUGAAAUGGCUGCCCCUAUCACUGAUCAAGAUUCUGGGAACACCAAAUCGUGCAAAUAACUUCUUUAAGAAUCGGACAACCACCUUAGUGUCAUUCGUGGAACAUGCUUGGGCCUCCACCCACUUGGACACAUAAUCAACAGCAACUAUUAUGAACUUGUUCCCUUUCGAACUCGGGAAAGGGCCCAUGAAAUCAAUUCCCCACACAUCGAACACUUCACAUGGCAAAAUAUAGUGUUGUGGCAUCUCAUCCCUCCGGGAUAUGUUCCCAGUCCUCUGGCACUGAUCACAAGCUGAAGCAUAAGCAUGAGCAUCCUUAAAAAUGGUGGGCCAAUAGAAUCCACAAUCAAGAACUUUCCUGGCAGUCCUCUCUCCUGAGAAGUGACCUCCUGUGGGUCCAGUAUGACAAUGCAUUAGAAUCUCCUUUCCUUCUUGUUCAGGUACACAUCUUCUCACAACUUGGUCAGCACAAAUUUUGAACAGGUAUGGAUCAUCCCAGAAGUAAUGCUUGGCUUCAGACUUCAACCUCUUAAUCAUGUGGCGAGACAUCCCGGCAGGUUCAACCUUGCCCACAAGAAAGUUAGCAAGAUCUGCAUACCAAGGCAUCUUUGAACCGUGCUGAAUGGCGAGAAGCCUCUCAUCUGGAAAAGUCUCUUCAAGCUCAAACUUUUUGAAUGUCUCCACCACUUCAGUCUCUAGUCUAGAUAGAUGAUCCGCUGCUUGGUUAGCGGUCCCCUUUCGGUCUUUGAUCUCCACAUAGAAUUCCUGCAACAAAAGAAUCCAGCGGAGAAGCCUAGGCCUUGCAUCAUUCUUCUGAAGUAAAUACCUCAAAGCCGCAUGGUCAGUGAAGACAAUUACCUUAGAAAGAAUGAUGUAGGGUCUAAAUUUCUCCAAAGCAAACACAAUAGCCAAAAACUCUUUUUCAGUAGUAGUAUAAUUGAGCUGAGGCCCCGCUAAAGUCUUACUGGCAUAGUAGAUAGGGCGAAAGUGCUUAUCCUUGGUUUGACCCAGGAUAGCCCCAACCACUUGAUCGCUAGCAUCACACAUUAUCUCGAAAGGUAAAGACCAAUCGGGUGUAGCAAGAAUGGGAGCCUCAGUCAAUUUCCUUUUCAAAGUAUCAAAAGCAACAACACAAUCAGGUGAAAAAUCAAAAGGUGCAUCUUUCCCUAAAAGAUUAGUCAAAGGUCGGGCAAUCUUAGAGAAAUCCUGUAUAAACCGGCGGUAAAAACCAGCGUGCCCAAGAAAGCUACGGAUGGCUUUUACUGUGGUUGGAUACGGAAGUUUCUCUAUAGCCUCAACCUUCGCCUUAUCAACCUCAAUUCCCUUUUCAGAAACCUUAUGCCCUAAAACAAUGCCCUCCCUGACCAUAAAGUGGCAUUUCUCCCAACUUAAGGCCAAGUGGGUCUCCUCACAUCUAGCAAGCACCCUGUCAAGGUUAGUUAAGCAAGAGUCAAAAGUAUCACCGAACACAGAAAAAUCAUCCAUAAAUACUUCCAUGAAAUCUCCAAUAAACCUGUCAAAAAUGGCUAGCAUACAACGCAUAAAUGUAGCAGGAGCAUUACACAAACCGAAGGGCAUCCUACGGAAAGCAAAAGUACCAAAGGGACAAGUAAAGGUGGUCUUCUCCUGAUCUCUAGGGUCUACAUGAAUCUGAAAGUACCCACUCAUCCCAUCUAAGAAACAAUAAUACCCGUGCCCUGCUAAAUUCUCAACUAGCUGAUCAAUAAAUGGCAAAGGGAAGUGGUCUUUCCGGGUGGCAUCAUUUAGUUUUCGGUAAUCAAUCACCAUCCGCCACCCUGACACAAUGCGAGUAGGUAUUAACUCCCCUUUGUCAUUCUCAACAGCAGUCAUUCCCCCUUUCUUAGGAACCAUAUGAAUAGGACUCACCCAACUACUAUCAGAAAUUGGGUAUAUAAUGUCUGCAUCUAAAAGCCUCAAAAUCUCGGUUCUCACAACCUCCAUCAAAUUAGGGUUCAACCUGCGCAGUGGUUGCACUGUCGGUCUGAACCCCUCCUCAAUGCUAAUCCUAUGUGUGCAAAAGGUAGGAUCGAUCCCCUUAAUAUCCCCCAGCGUGCGGGCAAUGGCCCCUUCACGCCGCCUAAGCAAGGACACAACCUUAUCUUUUUCAUCUCUCUCUAAAUCAGAAGCAAUGAUAAUGGGGUGUUUGCCCUCAUCAUCCAAUGAAGCGUACUGUAGGUGUUCUGGGAGCCUUUUAAGCUCAGAAAACUGCUCACAUGGGGGUGUAUCAACAACAGUACUACCUGAAACCUCUUGAGAGGCUUCUCCUAGCAAAUCAUCAACAGAGCAUUUAAGUUCAUGAGAUAACAUUUCAUCAUCACACAUACCCACAUCUAAGACCUCACCACAUGCAGUAUCAUGAGAAUAAUCACUCUCACCCUGGCCCCCAAAUAAAUAAUCCUCAAUGCACUCAUACAUAUGAAGAAAAUUACAGCUCUCAGUUUGUGCCUCGGGGUGGUUCAUAACUUCUGAGAGUCGAAAAGUACAAGUGUCCUCUCCAAUUCUCAGAGUCAAUGAACCAUCAGACACAUCAAUAACAGCACGGGCAGUGGCCAAGAAAGGCCGCCCCAAAAUAAGAGGGGUACCACGAUCCUCCUCUAUAUCCAUAACGACAAAGUCUACAGGAAAAAUAAACUCACCAACCCUGACUAGGACGUCCUCAAUAAUACCACUUGGGUACUUAAUAGAGCGAUCAGCUAAUUGAAGACACAUCCUAGUGGGUUUCAUUCCUCCCAGUCCCAACUUAUCAACAAGAGAAGCCGGCAUCAAGUUGAUGCUGGCUCCUAGAUCAGCUAGUGCAUUUUUAAAAACAUAAUCAUGAAUAGAACAAGGUAUAAUGAAAGAACCUGGAUCCUUGAGCUUUUCCGGCAUCAUCCUUGUCACCACAGCUGAGCACUCUGCAUUUAGGUCAACCACGGAAUACUCCUCUAGCCUCUUUUUGUUGGUGAUCAAGUCCUUCAGGAACUUUGCAUAUUUAGGCAUCUCCGCAAGUACUUCUGUGAGUGGCAUCUCCACAUGUAGCUUGCUAAUCAUCUCCAUAAACUUGUAUUCUCUCUUGCGGUCCUCGCCCUUCUUGACACGAACAGGGAAUGGAACAACUGGUGCAUUAGCCCUCUUGGUCUCUUGUUGGGGUGUAUUCUGCUCGAUGAUUGCUUUACCCUCUCGCUGGCCUGGCUGGUCAGAAUUGAACUUUAGCUCACCUUCAGAUUGUCUUUGAAAAGGUUCUGGGCUUUCUAGCUCUGCACUCUUUCCUGGACAGCUAGGAACACUCUGGGCUUGGCUCUCUUUGGCAUCCACCAUUGGUUCACGAACUUGCUUCCCACUGCGCAGAUUUAUUGCAUUCACAUGCUCUCUUGGGUUUGGCUCUGUAGUGCUGGGAAGGCUUCCAGACUGCCUCCCGGAAGGACCUGCAAAGAAUCUGUUCUCUAGUUCCCGUAUUCGCUGCUCAUGUUGCAGCUCAAGGUUCCUCAACCGCUGCUCCAUCAAAAUCUUUUCCUCUCUUGCUCUUUUAUCUCUUAAUUCAUUUUCUUCUCUAGCCCGUGUCAGCUCUGCAAGCACCAAAUCUAGUUGGGAAUGAGCUGAAUUAUCUUGUUGUCUGAUAUGUGGGGGCACAUAAGGCUGGUUGCUGCCACUUCCUUGGCCUCGUUGGUACCCACCUUGGCGGUUAUUAUCUCUCCACUGGUUUGCACCACUCUGAAAAUUAUUCCUCUGGUUGUUGUAGCCAGCAAAGUUACCCCGGUUUCCUUGGUAUUGAGGUGCUAGUGGACCCUCUCCUUUCUUAGCAUACUCCAUAAGAUUCACUUCCUGAGGUGAAAUAAGCUCUUCAAAGGAUUGAGGACAUGAAUUGGUCAGGUGGGCUCCGAAACAAUGAUCACACGAAAGCACCAUGUCUCUCACUGGAUUCUGGUUUGGCAUUGGUCGAACACUCCUCUGGUUCAUCCCCUGGCCACCUUGGUAUUGGUUCUGCGCCUGAGCUUCAUAGAGUUUCUCAAACUUUAGGACAAGAGCAUCCAGUUUUGCGGCAGCAGCUGUACUAGAAUCGACCUCAUAUAAUCCUGCCUUCUGUGGCGCUCUUUCACUUCGCUCAUCAUACCAGUACCUCUCAUUUGAGGUAAUAGUCUCUAUCAGUUCUUCACCUUCUCCCGAUGUCAGCCUUAGGAUUGAACCUGUUUUAGAAGAGUAAUCCAACUCUUUUUUUGCUCUCAAUGGACAGCCCAUUGUAGAAGUGAAAUAUGGUGUCCAUGCUCUCCAUGAUGUUGGAUGGACAGUUAAUUCGGAGCUCCUUGUACCGCUCCCAUGCCUCACUCAAUGUCUCGUUCCUCCCUUGUCUAAAGUUCUGGAGAGCUGCCUUGGCUUUGAUUCCUGCGGAUGCUGGGCAGUACUGUUUCAUGAAAGCUUGGUAUAAUUCAUCCCAGGUGGCAAAAGUGUGGCUAUCGAGCCAGUGUUGCGCCUUGUCCCUUAGAGUGAAUGGGAACAAAAGUAGUUUGUUAGCUGCUUCGGAAACUCCAUUGAUUCGGGAGGUCCGACAGAGACGGUUGAACCAACGCAUAUGUGUCUGGGCAUCUUCAUGUCUCAUCCCUCCGAACUGGUUACUCUGGGCUAGAUUGAUUAAUCCGGGAGAUAGUUGGUAAUUUGCAGCUUCAAUGCCCGGCAUGGUUAUUCCAUCAACCUCUGCAAAUUGCGGAGUAAUUUGUUCAUACAUUGUCCUCCUUGCGGGCUGUUGUUCUCCGGCCAUGUUUCUUGACCUUCCUUUUCUUCUUCUCAAAAUACUCUCGGGGUUUGGAUUCAAUGGGAUCAAGCCUUCAGUUCCCCGAGCACGUGUGUGCAUACACCGGUUCCUGCAGCUUAGUCACGUGCAAAGAACACCAAAAACGACAAACAAAACAGAAAAAAAUAGAAAGUCUCACCGACUUGCUUUUACCUAUUCCACAGAAAGUACUUAACAAACAACCGUGCCACUCCCCGGCAACGGCGCCAUUUGAUCGGUGUUUUUUUUAGUGAGUAAAACGUAGUUGGCCAAUCCGAAGAAUAACCAGACCACGAGUAUCGUCUCUCAAGGAGUGGCAAAAAGGAAGUUUUAAAUACAGUCCGUGAUCACAGGCUAGCACAAGUCAUGGUAAUCUUUCCGAAUAAAUAUUUUUUUUGGAUGGUUUAAAAAAAUUAACGAACAGCAAGUGCAAAAAUAAAUAGAUAAAAAAAUAAGUAAAUUGAUUCAGAAUAUUAAAACAGGGUUCAAAUUGGAUGGUUCGGGUUCUGGGUGUUCUUUCGGGAUUAGAAUUAAGUAAAUUGAUUUUUAAUUAUUCCUGGACAAAAAAAAAAUGAAAUCCCUUCUCAUAGACAAGAAUAAAAUCAUUUUAUCACAAUCCUAACUUAUUUCUAAGAUCAGAUUGCUUGUAUAAGAUCCGAGCUAAUUUAACUCAAUUUCUCGUAGACAAGAGUUGAAUUAAAUCCAGAAAUCCGUAUAUGAGGUGAUCAAAUUCAUAUAGGCAAUUAUGUUUAAUCUUAUACAAUUUUCCAGAAGAUUAAUUAAAUUUCAAAAAAACUAAAUCCACACCUCAAGAACCCAUGAACCCUAGCCCCAAUUCAAACCCUAUAGGAGAUUAGCUACUCAUACCAAAAAUUAACAUCACAAUAAUGUAAUUAAGCAUGAUAAGGCACUAGCAAAAAAUAUUGGCGUAUGUCAAUUUAAUGGAAAGAAACUGAAAUUAUAAGUUGGAGAUAAACAAAUUCAAAAUCCAAUCCAAAAUGCAUGAAACAGUAAUAUCAACAAUGCGAACACUUACAAUCCUUGUUCAAAAGCUAAAUUGAAUUGGAAGAAAUUAGAGAAAAGUGAAGCUGGUGCAUUUCCUGAGUCCGUUCUUGCUGCUGCGGCUAUUCUACGGAGUAAAGAAGAAAACCUGCUGCUAUCUUUUAUUGCUGCUGAACUAAGUGAAUACAAGGGAAAUAAACACUGCUAAACUAAUUGACAGAAACGAAUGAUUCCUUAGCGGCUGCUCUUGCUUCGAAUGAAAAUGAACUGCGGUGCUUAGUGAAAAAGAAUGAAGUGAUGGUGUGUUGCAGCUGUUCGUUCGUGGGAAGAAAAAAAACCCCAGCUCCUUUUUCUUUUUUUUCUUUUUGGGCUGCUAACAUUGCUUCUUCUUUUGUCAUUUUUGGAUUGCACUUAACUUCAAAAACAGUCCUUAAAUGAUCUGGUCCAAACAUAUUCACCGCAAACUCGGCCUGUACAAUAACAACUCACCACACCCGCUAAUAAUAUGUAACUUUACAAUCAAAUUACUCCAAAAAUGUCAAAUUGUGUAGAAAAAAUACUAUUUCCAAUAUGACUGCCACCGGGACCGAAAAAUAGCAAAUUUUCACUCAAACCCCCCAAUAGUCACUCAGUUAAUUAUAAAAAUAAAAAAAUUAACACCCAAAUAUGGGUGAAAAGAUAGGAACGGAACGAGCCUAUCAA